UUAUUGGCUAAGAAGUUACGCAAAAUUAACGUGUUUCUAUGUAUCUUAUCCGUGUGCGAACGAAGUCUAAUAAGUAAAAAAUAAAACCUACAAACCUUUUAUUAAACAACCUUAUUGUGUCGCGUUAAAUUUUCAUUUUGUCAUCAUAAAAUAUUAUAUAGCCUUUCUAUACAUAAAAUACAAGAAGUGGUAAUAAGCCCGGUCUGUGAGAGGAUUCGGCGAAAAUGUACAAGAAUCCUAAUUAUUCUGUGCUUUCUGUAAAUUAUUAUGUUUAAUGUACAAUGUUGAAAUGAAUGAGUUCAAAGUGUACAAGGAUAGAGUUAGUGGUAGGAGUACGAGUACGAGUACGAGACAAUCGACAACAAAGAGUGGCACUAUUGUUACCAAAAGAGGAUAACCAUUUGUUUUUGGAGUGGAUUUUUAUGUAGUACAUCCUUUGGAGUAUUCUUGCCAAGGAAAAACAAACUUGAUUUAUAUUCAACGCAUGGUACCGAAUGUCGGUAACUUAUGAUGAAAACUACAAAUAUAUACGAAUUACAAGUUGGACAGGAUACAAAAAAUUGCAAGAAUACAUCCCCGGCGGUGGUAGGGGGCUUGAAUCUGAGAGUUGCUCUGGCAGUGGCACUGGCAUUGGUACUGGUCCUGGCACUGGCACUGGAUCUGGUUGUCCUUUGAAUUCUUGGCUAUUGGUUUCGAAUGUUGCCGUCGACAACGAGACAAACUUUGACUUGAAUGCCGUCGUCGUCGUCGUCGCCUUCGUCGAAGUUGUUCAACUUUUCUCGGUACUGUCGUCCUGUUCUUCGUCGUCGUCAUCGUCAUCGCUGUCUGGUGCGGAAAACAUAUUGACUCGGGAAGGUCCUUGCUUUUUGUGCUGAUAAUUCAAAUUAUUCAGUUUGGUGUUUGUGUGUUUUUGUUGGGUUUGAGGAGUGUGGAGUUUGGGGCUGAUAGUUGGCCAGGAUAAUAAAAUAAAAUAAAAUAAAAUAAAAUAUUCUCAUACCAAUUGUAAUAAGAGAUCGUAAAAUGAAUCAAAUAAAUCGAAGACGUCGUCAAACUGCAGAGCCCUUUGACUGUCUGAGACCGGUGAUACGUUUUUUUGGCAUAAUAACUGCUGUAGUAAUUUGUGGAGUUGGAGUGGACGUUUUCGUACAUGGUCAUACGUCUGGCAUCUUUAUAAUAUUAGGAUCGUUUUUGGUUCUCUUCUUUGAAAUAAAGUGGGUUAUAACACUUUUCCUGCAGCUACUAUUUGCAAGUGAUGGUGGAUAUUCGGAUUGCGUGCAAUGCUGGAGCGUUUGUAAAGUAGCUGGAGGUUGGAGAUUAUCUCCAUUCUAUAUUGCCUUCGGAACUGCAUUAAUUAUGUGGCCAAAUAAUUUAUGGUUAAGUUAUGUAGCAGGAAUAUUAUUAUUGUUUUUGGCAUCCUUAAGACUUUGCACAUUGUUUCGCCUUAGCAGUAAUAUAAAAGAUGAGGGUCUUUUGCCCCAUUGUGAGUUUGAAAAGGUCGAUGGCUUUGCGGAUGUUGCAGAUGAUAUAAUGCAGGAAGGAUGUCAAAGUCUCGAAGAUGAAGAACCCAUUGAUGAUGUUUGCUAACUGUAACAUUUGUUUAUGAAAAGAAAAAAAUGUUUUUUGUACAAAGUUAUCGACUAUCACAUAUUUUUAUACCAAUUUAAAAGACAAUAAAAGCCAAAAAGUUUAAUAAAAUGUUAAAAAAUCAAAAA